AUGCUUCCCCUAAUAUAUGGAAAAAACUGGAAACCGAUCGAAAAUUUCAUCGAUGAUACUUUUGAGCAGUACUUCAAGGAUGAAUGUGGCCUCAAUCGGAAAAACAUUCACGAUAACCGGGUUCACUGCUGUUUGUACUUUAUCUCGCCAUACGGGCAUGGAUUGCGCCCGGUGGAUGUGGAAUUUAUGCGUCGGUUACAGCACAAAGUGAACAUUGUGCCGAUUAUCGCCAAGGCAGACGCUCUCACCGCCUCGGAAUUGCGCACAUUCAAGGAACGCAUCAUGGCUGAUUUCGAUCGCUACAAAAUCGAUAUUUACCGUCUUCCGGAAUGUGACAGUGAUGAGGAAGACGAGAUAAAACAGUUAGACAAAGAAAUUAAGAGUGUUCUGCCUUUCGCUGUGAUUGGUAGUAACUGCGUCGUGGAGCAAGAAGGUGGUCGGCGCACUCGUGGACGUCAGUAUCCGUGGGGCGUAGUGGAAGUGGAAAACGCGAAACACUGUGACUUCACGAAGCUUCGCAUCUUUUUGCUCAA